GUCGAAUGAAACACUUGGUCGUGUCAGUAAGGGGAACAGAUUUACCCCUUGUUGCUUGCGCUACAGACCAUCUCGGCGGACGUAUCGCUUCAUCUCCUGGAUGUCCCUAUUCUAUUUCGGAUGCCACGGCCGAAACCUGCUGCGAAAACCAAUUCUUCCCUGAUUCUGAUCUGAGCGUGCGGGGUACGAUACGAUGUCGCAAGCUAUUAACGACGACGAGCUCAGGCCUACUCAAACCGAGGGCUUCAAGGUCGGAGAAAAGAAGACGCUUGAUGAGUACAACCAGCUCGAUGCGAACGAUGAGUCGCUGCAGCGCUGGAAGGCCUUAUUAGGCAUUGCGCCGAACGCCGCGGCGGCCACGGGGCCAAAGCUGGUCAUCCACUCGCUCUCGAUGGAGAGCAGCAGCGCGCCAGGGGGCAAAGUCAGCAUCAAGCUGGACGGGUCCCAAGACGAGCUGGAGGCGCUCAAGAAGAACCCGCUGAUCGUAAAGGAGGGCGUCGACUACAAUAUCGCCAUUAGCUUCUCGGUCGGGUCAGAUGUGCUCUCAGGGCUCAAGUAUCUCCACGUCGUCAAGAGGACCGGGGUCACAGUCGACAAGCUGGAGGAGAUGAUCGGCAGCUACGGGCCACGUCCAGAACCUUACACCAAGCGGUUCAUCACGGAAGAAGCACCGAGCGGCAUGCUCGCGCGAAGUGGGACCAAUGUAGUUCGGACGAGGAUCAUUGAUGACGACGGGACGGUCUACACCGACUUUACUUGGAGCUUCAAGCUCGCAAAGGACUGGGCGUAGUGUGCAUCCUGCCUUCGUUGACCAACAUCCGUGCUUGCAAGCAGCUUCAAUGGGUCUCCAGCCACAUUUCCCUCUUUUCCUCCCCACUUACAGAUCGUUCACAUCCAUCAACUCAGCAUCGCGCCGGCCGCAGGCUGCCGGCCGCAAGGGCGAGGCAGUCCGUCGCUUCGGAGGCCCCAGGCAGCAUCCGGGGUCCGCGUUCCAGCCAGACAUCAUGUACCAAAGCAUCCUCAUCGCCAUCAGCCUUGAAUUUCAUUCGGCAUAUUAUACACA